AUGUCGUCCACGAGUAUGUCGAAGUCGCAACAACAAGACUCGGUAUUGUCGAGAAAGAAGGCAUGGGAGAGAGCGCAUUUAAAAUAUCCCUUCUGGUUUGGUGGAAGCGCAAGCUGUUUUGCAGCAUGCGUAACACAUCCUCUGGAUCUUGUCAAGGUCCGCCUACAAACUCGCAGCGCUGACGCUCCAAAAUCGAUGGUUGGAACUUUUGCACACGUAUUUAAGAAUGAUGGUUUCCUGGGACUCUACUCUGGCCUGUCCGCGUCCCUCCUUCGUCAAUUGACUUAUUCCACAACCCGAUUCGGCGUUUAUGAAGAACUGAAAGCCGAUUUCACCACGAGCACACAAUCUCCAUCCUUCCCCGCCCUCAUAGCCAUGGCAUCAACAUCUGGCUUCUUGGGUGGAGUAGCAGGUAAUCCUGCAGAUGUCCUUAACGUCCGCAUGCAGCACGAUGCCGCACUCGCUCCAGCAGAUCGCAGAAACUACAAGAACGCAAUUGAUGGAUUAAUACGAAUGACGCGUGAAGAAGGCUGGAGAACAUUGUUUCGUGGGGUCUGGCCAAAUAGUAUGCGAGCCGUCCUCAUGACAGCCUCGCAACUAGCAUCAUACGAUGGCUUUAAACGAGUCCUGAUUCAACACACACCUUUAACCGAUAACUUAACAACACAUUUCUCCGCCUCCUUCCUGGCAGGCUUCGUCGCAACUACAGUCUGCUCUCCAGUCGACGUCAUAAAGACUAGGAUCAUGAGCGCCAGUGAGAGCAAACCACUUAGAAAGCUCUUGAUGGAUGUAUACAGAGACGAGGGUGUAGGAUGGAUGUUCAGAGGAUGGGUUCCUAGUUUUAUCAGACUGGGUCCUCAUACAAUCGCUACCUUUUUGUUCUUGGAACAACACAAAAAGAUAUACAGGAGGUUAAAGGGGAUUGAUGAUUCGGCUGGCGAGCCAUAA